AUCACAGGUGAACACUAGAGUUAACAUCGUAAUAAAAACAAGUGUCUGCAUCUGCGGGACGGAAUCUAGGCCCACUGUCGUACAAAAAUCACCAGCAAUAUGGCGUCGCUCGCUUUGGCCUCUAGCGGUGAAACGUGUGUUUGCCACAGUCUACAAAGCGAGGGAUAAGAACACUGAUAACAUUGUAGCGAUUAAAAAGAUUAAACUGGGGCACAGAGCAGAAGCCAAUGAUGGUAUAAACAGGACUGCAUUGAGGGAAAUAAAGCUCCUACAAGAGCUGAGCCAUCCAAACAUAAUAGGUCUCUUGGAUGCCUUUGGCCACAAGUCAAACAUAAGCUUAGUGUUUGAUUUCAUGGAAACAGAUCUAGAGGCUAUUAUAAGGGACACAAGCUUGGUCUUGACACCAGCGCAUAUUAAGUCUUAUAUGCUAAUGACUUUGCAAGGUCUGGAGUAUUUACAUCAUUUGUGGAUUCUGCAUAGGGAUUUGAAACCAAACAAUUUGCUUCUGGAUGAGAAUGGUGUCCUUAAACUGGCUGACUUUGGUCUGGCAAAAUCAUUUGGAAGUCCAAACAGAGUUUACACUCAUCAAGUAGUAACAAGGUGGUACCGGUCGCCAGAGUUACUGUUUGGUGCCAGGAUGUACGGUGUAGGGGUGGACAUGUGGGCAGUGGGUUGUAUUCUAGCAGAACUCUUGCUAAGGGUCCCAUUUCUGCCUGGAGAUUCGGAUUUGGAUCAACUUACAAAAAUAUUUGAGACUUUGGGCACUCCAACAGAGGAUCAGUGGCCUGGUAUGUCAAGUUUACCAGAUUACGUCACUUUUAAGAGUUUUCCGGGGACCCCACUCCAUCUUAUAUUCAGCGCAGCAGGAGAUGACCUCCUUGAGCUUCUACAGGGAUUAUUCACUUUCAACCCUUGCACAAGAUGCACAGCUUCACAAGCAUUACGGAAAAAAUAUUUUGGUAACAGACCUGCACCAACACCUGGUCACUUAUUACCAAGACCUAACUGUUCUGUGGAAGCACUGAAAGAGCAGCAAAACCUUUCCCUAGGUAUCAAAAGGAAACGUGUGGAUGGCCCUGAACAAAAGGACAUUGUGAAAAAGUUAAACUUCUGAAUAAAGACAUCUCCCUGUUUCUACCAUAAAGAAUCGCUGCUAGAACCGAGACUAUGGACAUGGUGACCUAUACUGAACUUGAAGAUCAACUUUGUAAUAUAUUGUAUAAUAGUACUUCUCACUACUGUUGAUACCAAUAGUUUUUGUUAAUAUUUUUUUUAACCUUAGCUGACUUGUAAAAAAAAAAAAUCUUCUCAAAGGAUUCAUGAAUAUUAAUACAUUUAUUUAUUCUUGGAGCUGCAGUUUUAUUGGACUAAUCGCUGAGAACGAAUUAUACAGGUUUGGCUCUAAAUUUGCUGCAGUAAAAUCUCUUCUUGUUAACACCUGAAACUCUGGAAAUGCAGCAAAUGUCUUUGUGUUUUUUUGUUUUUUUUAAAUGCACAAAUAAUUUUUUUUGUCUCAUAUUGCAAUCCAAAGUGUGAACGUUAGAAUUUUACAUGUCCUGGUGAUUAGUCCGUACUCCUUCCUCCGCAACAAUGAAAUGGAACCUCUUCUCUGAUGAAAUAACCAGAAAUUCUCUGCAGGAUAUCUACAAUGCUGUUUGCUUCUCCAACAUGCAGAAUGAAUUGUGUGUGCACAGAAUUAUUCUCUGUAUACUUGUAGUAGUUACUUUUAAGCUCUAUUGUUCCUUUUUUAAAGGGAUAUUCUCAUUUCAGCAUGUUAUCUUCGAUUCUAGUGGUUCCCAACCAGGGUCCCUCCAGCUGUUGCAAAACUACAACUCUCAGCAUGCCCGGACACUGAUUUAAAGUAAUAAUUUACAACAUUUUGAACUGUCCUGCCAAUGAGUAUGAGAAUUGACAUUUUAGGGGAUGUUCACAGCUUUGCAGUUUACUUAUAUUAUGCAAUCUGCAGUAUCCUUAGAGCUGUAUAUAUGGACGCGGCUGCACGUAGAUUCGUUUAGUGCCACCAGACCCCCAUAGCCAUCUUCUAGGACAGUG